AUGAGGAGGGCUUCCACUGUUCUACCGCUCCUCCUGCUCUUCGUCCUCUCCCUCCCCUUAACGAUUCUCCUGCUCUCUUUCUUGGUUCCUGGUUGCUACGAGGAGGAUGGAUGUGGAUUGAAGAUAUUUGGGGGGAGGUGGGCGGUUGUGCCCUACCGUCCAAUUGAUCUCCUCCCGCUGCUGCCCCAUGGGGUCGCUUGGCCGAUUCUGGCCUCCCUCCGCAGCGCCGCCGACCUUCUGCCGUCUUUCGUGGGGUUCGCCAGCAAUUCCUCCCCGGAUUCCAGCCUGCAAUGGAAGGGGGCCUGUUUCUACCAGACCUCUGCAUGGUUGGAAUUCAACAACAAAAGCGGCACCUCUUUCGGCGGUGGCACCCUUCAUAUUAAGGUUAGUGGCCCGCCCCCAUCGUCUCGUGGUUGUAGAGAUUGUGCGUGCUCUGUAAUCUCGGGGCACACAUCCCUGUCAUUUCAAUUUAUUGAAUAUGUUCUCUUUUUCUUCUUGGGUUGUUUUGGGAAAAUGAAUACUAUUGAUACUAGGGAUCUUGACUGUUAUUACACUGACUGGAAAUAUUCUCUAGAAAUUCCUUUCAAUCUAAUUAUGCUUAGGAGUCGUAUGGACUUCCAGAUAGGGGAUUUUCCGUGCUAUGUAACAGGCUUUCAGGAAUGACCUGUCUUCAUAUAUUUUCUGCAAUGUGGCGUUGAUCCUUUUUAGUUUUGUCUUCUGCAUCACGAUUUUUAACUUCCGAACUGUGUGGUGCUUCAAAUCGAGAUUGUUCAACUACUGUUGACUGGAGUUUUGUUGAAGCACGUUGUCCUAUUCCUCACGAUUUUCUCAUUUUGAUGCUUUUGUAGGCCUCUCUGUAAACUUACUUUUUAUUAAAAUUUCUGUUUUUCACUUGCUUGUCUAGUUUUCUUUCAAUGAUUAUUAGAUCGUUAAAUCCUGGAUAAACUAGGCUCCUGGUGCGGUCAGUUGAACUAUGUUAAUUCUGUCCAUCUCUUAUUUCUUUCUUUCUGUUUAUCCUAAUAAGAUUUUUGAAUAUAGUAUUUGAUUUAUUUUUUCCUUGCGUUCGAGUUGGUCCCCUCCUCAAUGAAUUGAGAAGUGUCUAUGUUACGUCUUGCUGAUAGAUGAGUAUUUGAAUAGUUCUUUCUGAUGGCUGUUUUGCUUCAAAUGUGAUGGAUUUCUGGAUGUUGUUUCGAAAGUCAGCCAUUUUCUAACUUUUUUGUUUUAGUUAUGUCAAGACAGAUUGGGACACGCUUUUCUCGGGAACUGUAUGUUUGCUUGGAUCCCACUGUAAACUGCAUGCUAAAAGUUGCUAAGAAGAAAUAAAAAAUGGCAAGAACAUUUGGCCAGUUUUCAUUGUUCAGCCUAAGACUGAACAAUAAAGCUUCAAUCAUGAAAAACAAUAAAUUGAUGGUAGGAGUGGACCAUUGCAAACCAUAUUGAUGAUUUAGAUGAGUCUUUGCCAGGAUUUAGAGAACUAUGAGGCUAGUCAUAUCCCCACAGGACGUAACUAUUUAGUUUCAGUUCAUCACAUGAAAAACCUAAAACGAAUUGCCUUGUCACUUUCAGAGCUGACCUAACCUUUUCACCUUUAGAUACCACUGGUGGGUAUUCUUCACAAAUGGUUCAACGCAUAUGGUAGAGUUAUCCAUGGUUGCUAUUAACGCGCUGAUGGUGAACUACAUGAUGCCAAUGAUAGAGCUACGAAUUUCCAACACUCAUCUACAAGGUGCCAAAAGUGUGCGAGGAUCAUGUAUCUUGCGUUUGUCUAAUGCUUCAUUUCUUCUUCCUUGAACUGCGAUUGCAGUUGUUUUUUUUAUCAGUGUGUGUCUUCCUGUUGUUCCCCUUUGCAUUUCUCUCUUUUGUAAGUAUUUGUGAAGCCAAGAUUCUCCAUUUAUGCAGUUUUUUGAGGAAAGACUUUCUUGUCCAUCCUUUUUCUCCCCUUUUCUGUUCCCCACACGUGGGAAAGUGCACUGGAUAUGCUGGUUUAGUUUCUGAAGUUUGCUUUUUACUGUUUUUCAACUGCCUUAAUUGUGGAGUGUAAAUCUUUUACUUUUACAAUUCAUUUCGCCCCAUCUCUUCUAGUGAAGUGAGUACGAUUUAAUUUAGCAUGUUUGAUAACGAGCUGAUAUUUCUUUUGGUUUUUUGGGAAGGUCUAAGCGACAGAAUUCAUUGGCCUCAUGCUCGGUGGAGUUUCUCGUUGUGCUUUAUUCCAUAAUUAAUUGAUUAAAGUAUCUUCAGACCGUACGACCUAAUAUCUUAACAAGAUCCAACUUAUCUGGAAAUUCUCUUGUGUGGAUUUCUUUCUUUUUCUUUGAGGAAAAGUUCGCUAAUAUGUAUGUGGAUUACAAUUUAAGGACAUUGCGGGAGUAUAAGGUUGCAUUUUAAAGAUAUGGAUAACUUAAAUAAAUGCGUGGAUAUUACUGCCACUAUCUUACCUUUCCCUUGUUUUGAACAAGGAUCAUUACUUUCAACAUUGUCCUUGUUCCAUCAGUUUUGCUUCUCUUAAGAGUUUUUUGUCUCCUCCAAAGGGCUUCUUUUCUCUGCUUCUUUGUUGCUUAUUGGUAUUUAACAACUUUUGAAUCAUGUAUUGAAAUCCAAAGAAGCUCAAUUGAGAGGAAGUGGCAUGUAAUCCUGAUGAAAAAAAAUAUAUUUCUUUAUAAUGCUAUACUUUGUUGCUUUACUGGGCAAGGACUAUGCUUGGUUAUGAACAAUCUGGUUACAAAAACCAUUGUUGGAAUAUGAUAAUGUUCUUUUUCUUUUGCUGAUUCAACGAGUGUUCACUUGUCCUCUAAGUGUUAUCCCUUAGUUAUUUUGAGCGCAUCCAGUGACGGUGUUUUUAGGUGGAUAUUUAAGUCUCUUCAUAGCUAUGCACUGUGCUUCACAUUCUCUGAUUUUUUGUUUGCCUUUCAGUAACAUUUAAUUUUUCUUCUAGACUCUUAAGCCACACAGCUGGACAUGCAUGGAUAUCUACAUUUUUGCAACCCCGUACCGUGUAACAUGGGAUUACUACUUUCUUUCGCGGGAUCAUACACUUGAUAUUGAUCAUUGGGAAGGAAAAGCUGAGUACGAAUAUGUAAGUUGUCACCUUUGAUUGUAAACCAUUUGAGAUGAGCUCUUAUUUUUUUGCACCUUCGUUUGAUGUAUAUUAACUUUUUUUUUUCUCUUGCAAAAUCAGGUAAAACACAAUGGAGUUUCCAUCUUCUUGAUGGAGUCUGGAAUGCUGGGAACUCUUCGAGCACUGUGGGAUGUAUUUCCCUUAUUUUCGAACACUGGAUGGGGAGAGAGUUCGAACCUUGCUUUCCUUGAGAAACACAUGGGUGCUUCUUUUGAACAGCGUCCUCAACCAUGGGUUUCAAAUGUUAGUGCUGAUGAUAUACACUCAGGGGAUCUGCUUGUUUUGUCAAAAAUUCGUGGGCGAUGGGGUGGCUUUGAAACUUUAGAGAAAUGGGUUAGUGGAUCCUACGCUGGUCAUUCUGCUGUUUGUUUAAGAGACGCUGAUGGAAAACUUUGGGUUGGAGAAUCAGGGCAUGAAAAUGAGCAGGUAAGUAUCCUUUGAUUUUUUUUUCUGCAGCAUUAAUCUUAUUUAAGUCUAGUUUAACAUCCAUUAAUCUUCUUUAACUCUCCUACAACUUUUUAUUUCGAACACCUAGUGCAGACAUAACUUGGAUUACUUAGUGAUCAGUUUUUGAUAGAGUCGGUGUUCAAUUGGUACAGAGAUCACGAUCUGCCCCUAAAGAGUUGGAAGUUAGGGCUUUCAUAUAAUUAGGUUCUCUAGAAGAUUACAGUGUAGCUUUGUUGACGAACAAUUAUACAUUAUUUCGUGUAAGGAGUUAUACGUGAAUGCAGAUAGGAAAAAUUAAGCGCAAUUAAAACAAGGCUCCAAUUAACGCUGCAGAGAAUCUGGCCCCUUGUUAGAACUUCUAGUUGAAAAAUCAUUAGGCUUCCCUGGAUGCAAUGACUCGUAAUUGAAUGGAACUGAUCAGAAAUUGCAUUCGCUUAUUGAUUGAAUAUCCUGAUGAUGUUCAAAUGAGGGUUUAAGUUGGCCCAAUGAAACAACAAUCGAAUGCAACUACAUUGUCAAUCGCUUCCGAUAUGAUAAAACUUCCAAGAUUGUUCCAGAUUUUAUAUUAUAGUAAAUGAAGUGUAUCAGAUGUAACAUAGCGUUAACAUGGUUAUAGUAUUCUGGGCGCACCCAUUGCUUCGCCAAGGUCAAUGUAAAAAAAAAGUGAAUUGAUGGUUUUUGAUCUCAUAUUACCCACUUCUGGUUGAAUCCAAAAGUUCACUUCAUUGGAUAAUUGUUUCUUGAAGUCUUUGUGAAUGGAUGGCUUCAUAGGCAAUCAGAACAAUUUCCUCUAUUAGUGCUGCCAUCUUUAGUUUAAUCCCCUACUAUUUUAUGAGACUGAUUUGUUCUCUACCCUUUUACUCUGCGGAAUAGUUGAUGUGAGUAAACUCAGUUGUAAUUGUGAUUUAAUAAAUCUUUCUUUGGUCAAUCCUGACGAGAACUAUGCAUGCAUAAUUUGCAGUAUUGUUCGGAAUGAAACGUGGGACUAUGAUGAUGAUGUCUCUGGUAAACUAAUAUUCGACAUUUCUUUUCUAUGUACAGGGAGAGGAUAUUAUUGCCAUGUUGCCCUGGGAAGAAUGGUGGGACUAUGAGCUGAAUAAAGAUGAUUCUAAUCCUCAUAUUGCACUGCUUCCUUUGCAUCCUGAUAUGCGAGCAAAGUUUAAUGAGACCGCAGCAUGGGAAUAUGCCGGAACCAUGUCAGGGAAACCAUAUGGUUAUCAUAACAUGAUAUUCAGCUGGAUAGACACUUUAGAGGGGAAUUACCCUCCACCGCUGAAUGCGCAGUUGGUAAUGACACUGACAUGAAUCUUUCACAUCUCAUUUUCGUUAGUAGUUAGGUAGAAGGUGAAUAAAAUUUAAAGGAUGGUAGGUCCAAUUGCAUUCAAUGGCGUUUCAUGCUUUACUUGACCUGCAAUUUUUACAGUCGAUUAAUUGCCUAUUGCUGACAUCAGGGUUGGUUUUUUCUCUGUAUAAAUUAUUUGGUGGUUUUCUUUUAGCAUUUUGAAUGGUUUGAUUUGUGUUGUUAGUGCCUCUCCAAUCCCUUGGUUUUUAUCUGUGAUCACUUGCAUUCAUGUAUUAAUAGAGUUUCACCAGACAAUUUCACUGUUGUCAGCCUCCAAUCAAUUGAUGAUAGUUCACUUUGUUGCAUACGAUGGGCCAUGGAACAAGAAGGGGUAAAAUUGAUUAAGCUUUGAUGCCUUCUGAGGAGAAAAAGGUUCUUUACACUUGUAGGGCUCCACCUUCCACACCUAAUAACAUGGAGAGGGCCUCUUUGAAGAGAAAUCGAUGGGGAAGGUUACAUAUGCUCAUGUGGAGUCAUUGACCUUUUCACUCCUUUCGAUUUAAUAAAGUUUCCAUUUGGUUGAAUGCAUUUGUGAUUCAGACCGGCGGAGUUACUCCAGUCCUCUAAUGUAGUGUCGCAACGGAUCAAUUUCCAUUCUAUAGUUAGAAACUAUCAGUGGUUUUGCCAUGAGAAAGUGGGCUCAACAAUCUGAUUCUCACAACCCCACAACCCACAACCAAGAACCCUGUGCAUGUUCUUCAGCAUUCGCAGAAUUAUGAAGCUGGGUUUCAUAAUUCUUACUCUGCACGCUUUCAAUCUCGUGUUAUUGCAAUUAUUUUCGCAGCUAAUACUUUUUUCUACUAACCCUGUCUACAUUUGAGGCAUUGUCCCCCGGAUUAAUGUGAUUAACUCAACAAGUAAAAAUUCCUUAGUGUCUACACCUCCGCUAAAUUGUGAGGUCAAUCUCAUGACGGAACUCAGAAUCAGAGCCGGAAGGCCGAUGUGGGCUUUGGUUGCUUGAACCCAGAUCCAGAUUGGGAUCGUAUCUUCCAUAUCAGCUAAAACCAGAUGAAAAGGCAUAUGAUGGAAUUUUUUUGGAGUACAAUAUACAAAAUAGGUAUGUUUGCUAAAAUGGGUAUAAACAAAAUGCGGCAACAAAACGCUAGCUUUCAAGGGACAAAAUCAUCAUUUUUUAAGGGAUAAAUGGGGUUGUUUUUCCUCCCCCAAGCUAGAACAUAAGUGGAUGGAUUCUACUAGUUAUCUCGUCGAGAUGAUGAUGUUAUUGAAUUGGCUUUCUUUGAAAUUAUUUUACUGCCUUAAAUAGUAGGCAGCCAUAUUUCUGGAUACUUUCUGGUCCUUGACAUUCUUGCCCUCCUCUUACAGGUUGCCUCUGUUAUGACUAUGUGGAACCAGAUCCAGCCAACUUAUGCUCCUAAUUUAUGGAAUGAGGCUCUGAACAAGCGGCUCGGGACUCAGGUUUGCAAUCGCUUCUUACUUGAGCAAAAUAGCAUCAUUAUUUAUUUAUUUAUAAAAUGUACAUUUAUGAUUUCAUGUGGUUAUAAUUCAUUUGAGCAGCUGUAUCACUAUCUCGUAUCGUUUAAACAAUGCUAGAUUGAUUUAAUAUUAUCUUAGCUUAGAUGGUUGGGGCCAAGAUAAGUUGGCUGAUUUCCCUCGGUGGGUCUGGUCCCCAAGUUUCUUUUUUUAAAAUUUUAAAAACUAUGGAUAAUUAGGGGAAUGAGGAAAUAAUACGUAAUUUUAUUUUAUUUUCUUUUUUAAUUGGUUUUUUAAAUGGGUGCAUCCUUCCCUAUGUUUGCCUGAAAUAAUCAUAAACUGAAGACUAGAAUCCGUUGCCAAGUCAUUUUAAUUUAGGAAAUUUAAAUUCUUUCUCCAAGUAUUGUUUAAAAAAUUAAAAUUCAUAGGAUAAUUAAGGGAAGGAAGAAAUAACAUGUGACCAGAAUCCCAUUUUUUUGUCCUAAAUCAUUUUUUUUUGGGGUCACUAGAAUCUCAGCCUGCCGGAGAUUCUGGUGGAAACAGAGAGGCGUGGUGUCUCAUUUGACAAGCUGUUGACCAUCCCGGAGCAAGAUGACUGGCUCUACUCCGACGGCAAGUCUUCCUCCUGCAUAGCCUUCGUUCUUGAGAUGUACAAGGAGGCAGGCCUUUUCGGCUCCAUCGCCAGCUCCAUCCAGGUCACAGAGUUCACCGUAAGUCCCCCCUCUCUCUCUCUCUCUCUCUCUCUCUCCCAUCUGACCUUCUGCUUCCCUCUGUCUCUGCCUCCCACUAUCUCUCUGCUCUCCCUCUCUCGCUAGUCUCUCUCUUCCCCGCUCUAAAGAUUUGAACUUUCAUUCCCAGCCAGUCUUUUCAAUACGCUUGAUUUCUCUGCCUGUCUGCUUUCUCCAUAAUUGUCUUUCUCCUGCAGAUCAAAGACGCCUACACGCUGAGAUUCUUCGAGGACAAUCAAACCCGGCUACCCGAGUGGUGCAAGGAAGCCGACGGAUCGGUCCUCCCCUUCUGCCAGCUCCGUGGCAAGUACCGAAUGGAGCUCCCCGACUACAAUUCCCUCCUCCCCUACUCCCACAUGAACGAGCGCUGCCCAUCACUCCCCCCCGCCUACCACCGCCCCAACGGCUGCUGA